AUCUAUACGUAACCACCAUAUCUCCAUUAAAAUCACUAUAAAUUGUUUAUCAUUUAUCAAAUCCCACGACUUGUUUGACAUUUAACCAAAUAAAUCCCGGUGCUUUAUUUAAUUAAACUUACUUUUUACUAAUUUUGUAAUCGUAAUAUGUGUAUAAUAUUAUAAUUAAAUUAUUAAUAAAUAUGUGGAUAUUGUAAAAACUAUACAAUAUGACUUUUAAACUCGUAAUUAUUGUCUUGCUAUUUUCAUUUAUAUUUGUUACUAAUGGUUUAUACGAAGAUCAAGCUGGGAAAUUUGACUGGUAAUAAAGUGUUCAAUUUUAUAUUUAAAUGUGACAUCUAAAACUUUGUUUUUAAGAUAAUUAAUAUAAGUAUUAAACUUUUUGUUUAUAAUUUAUUUUUCAUUAUUAUGAAAUCAUAUUACAUAUUUCUAUUUAUUAUUUUACAAAUAGUCUAUCUAAAAUAAUAAAUAUUUACACUUUUUUCCCUUUAGGAAACAAAAUUAUAUUGGUGAAGUCAAAUUUUCUUCAAUUGACGUUGAUGUAAAAACCAAAAGGUUAUAUGUAGCAACUAAAAAAAAUGUGGUUGCUUCAUUAGCCAUAGAUACUGGUUAGUAAUAAAUAAAUUAUAUAAAUUAUUACUUUGAAGUUUUUAAUAGGUAAUAUUUCUACUUUAUUAUAUUUAGGAGAUAUUAUUUGGCGCCAAAUUUUGGAAAAAGGAUCUGAUGGUAGUAUUGAAUUAAUACACCCAACCAAAUCUAAAAUCAUAACCCUUAGUGGAAUUAAUAUUGUCAAAAUACGAGGAUGGGAUGUCAAUGAUGGAUAUUUACAUUUCGAAUGGAGUUUAGAAACUACAAAUGUGUUGUAUUGGUUUGUUUUUAAUGGUCUUCUCCAUAAUGUGUAUUCCUCAAAUGGUUUAAUUGUUGUUGAUACAUACUAUAUAGAAACUGGUGUUAAAGGAAAAGCUACCUACACUUUCCCAGCACAUUGGUUUAAUGGUUUUGAUCGGUACGGAAAUAUAAUAAUAAUUUGUAUGUAUCUAUUAUUGAUUGUGUUCUUAAUAUUUUUUAGUUGUGCAUUGUCUUCUGGAAGUUUAGCAUGUUUUGAUACUGCAAAUAAAUUAAAUAUUGGAUCAUUAACAAACGCUAAUACUCAGCUUUUAAAAGUUGAUACAAAUGGUGAUCAAAUUAAGGCAAUUCCCGGAAGCCCAAUUCCAGCAUUUAUUGUUACAAAUAAAAAUGUAGAAAAACUAGUUUACACUAAAGAAAAUAAAGUUCAUAUAAGAUCAUUAAAAUCAAGAGCAUCAUUAUUUAUAUAUACCUAUAUGGCCGAUAGGCAUAUUUUGUUACAAAUUUCUUCACCCACUCAAGUAUGUAAUAGUCACAUGAUCAAUUUUUAUUUUUUAAUGAGUUUUUGAUAAUGCAAGAGUAAAAAGUAAACACAUAAUAAUCUAACAAAUUAUGUUUCUAUUUCUAUUUUUAUUUAUUGAUUCUCAUUCAUUAAUAUUUUAAAUAAUAAUAUGAUAUAAUAAAUCAAAGGAAUAUGCAGUUAUAAUCAUAAAUAUUUAAAUUAUGGUUACAAUAUAUUAAAAUGCUAGUACAUAAGCUAUAAUGUAAUUUUCAGAUUCAAAAAACAAUUUUUUUGAACAUUUAAUAUUAAUUUUGAUAAAAAUGCAACCAAAGUAUUUAUUAUUUGUAUGUUAUUUACUACAACUAUUUUUUAUUUAUCAAUUUAAUUAAAAUUAAUAAUUUUAUUUUUCUCUAUACCUACCUUAAACAUAAUUAAUAUGAAUAAUAUUUUAAGGAAACCAUUAUAACUGAAGGUUCAAUAUUAGAGGAUGCUACAGUUAUUGAAAGUUUGUCAUCAAAGGAGACUAAGAAAACUAUGAAAAUUUCUAAUCCUAGUAUAUCUUCUGUUUUUUGUGGACGUAGUAAAGCUAAUACUGUUAACUGUGUUGCUUUAGUCACUACACUUGAUCAAUCAUUGAUGCUUCUUAAAAUGCCAGGUAAUUGUUUAAUAUAUAAUAAAACACUUAAAUUUUUGUACCUAAUACUUAUUAAACAUUUCUUAUAAAUUAGGUACAAUUAAAUGGCACAGAGAAGAAUCAUUAACUAGUAUUAUAAAUGUGGAAUUAAUUGAUUUACCCGUAUCUGAUAUAGAAGCAGCAAUUGAAAAAGAAUUCGGAAAUAAAGAUUGUAAGAAUUUUUGAUUUAUUUAAAAUAUAUAAUGUAAUCAUGUAAAUUAAUAUAUAAGUUAUGUUUGAAUAUAUUUAUAAAUGUUUGUGCUCAAGCAUUUUUGGAUCACAAUGUGACAAGUGAGUGAUAAUAAGUGAUAUAAAGGUUUAUUUGUAUUUUAGUGUUGUCAGAGUUUGAAGUUUUUUGUAGAAUUUUAUUUGUUGUAGUUGUAAUAGUUGUUGUUUUAUCAAACUUACGCGGUAUUAUAUUUUACAAGGCUGCAACUCCGUCACUUUACUUUACUUUACUUUUUAUUAUUAUUAUUUUUUUAAUAUCCUCACUUUUUUCACCUUAAGCCUUUUAAUAUAUAUUUAUAUGUUGAGAUAGAAUUCGUAAUGAACUUUGUGCUCCUUCCUAGAUAUAUGUUACAUGAAUAUUCUUGCUUAUAACUUAUAAGCAAUACAUAACCCCUUUAUAAGUAUAACUUAUAAAUUAGAAGUUAUAUUAUUAUUUGUUCCUAUAAAAUAAAUGCAAGUGAACAAAGAGUCACCCAAACAAUUAAAAUUUGUGAUUGAUUAUUCUAAGUUUGUUAUUUUAAUUAAUUCUUAUUUAUUUUUUAUUAGUAAUUUUUUUAAUAAUAUUAGUAACUUUUCUCAUUUUUAUUUUAUUUUUUGAGUUAUAAUUCUGUAUUUAUUUUUUGAAAACAAAUAUAUUAACUAUUUAAUUGUAUAUAGCUGGCGCUUUCAGCAUGUUUGUCCAUCGAGUGUUUAGUCAAUUUCAACAAUUACGUACUCUAAUAGCAACUGUUCUUGGAAUUAUUGAAACACCAUCAUCUGAAACAAUAGGAACUAAAAGUAAUCUAGUUCGUGAUCAAUUUGGUUUACAUAAAAUUAUUGUAGCUGUUACUAGUGCAGGAAAGGUGAACAAUUUAUCAAGUACUUAAAAAUUAGCAUUAGUAAUUAAUAAUAUUUUCCCCAAUUUAUUAGAUAUUCGGUAUUGAUAAUUUAAGUGGUGAAAUUUUAUGGUCUGUUCUGUUGUGUGGAAUUGGACAAUUUUAUGAAAACAAGGUUGAUGGACUGCAGUUAGUACCUAUGUAUUUGAUAAGAAACUCUAAACAUUUAUCAUUUUCACCAAUGAGCACAUUGUUUUUAAAAAAUGAGGUAAUUUGUUACUUUUCUUAGAUUGAUUAUUAUGCAUUAAUUUAUUUUGUUAAUAUUUUAGGAUUCAGAAAAUACAGUUUUGUUUACUUUCAAUCCUAUAAAUGGUGAAUCUAAAAGUAUGCAAAUAAAAUAUUUCAUAUUUUACCAAAAUCAAUGUGUUUAAUAUGUUUUUUUAAUUGACUUAGAUGGUGUUCAACAACUUCCAUAUAAAGUUGUACAAGCGGUUCCCUUACCAGUUUUAAAUACUGAUUCAGUUCGUAGUCUUGUUUUGUUUGACAGUACUUAUACUCCUCAUCUAUAUCCAUCUAAUGUGCCAUUGUCCUCAAAACCACCCCCUAUUUAUAUAUAUAUUGCUAAUUCUACAAAUGGUUUGAUCCAAGGAUUUACUGUUGACGUACCAAUUUCAGGAGAGGUGAGACAUAUUAAAUUUAACGUUACUGUUAACUUAAAAUUAAAUUAUUUGUAUAAAUACAUUUUUAGAAAUUUUCUGCCAAAGAAGUUUGGAAAACUCAAUUUAAUAAACCAACUCAUAUUAUAGCAAUCGGUUCACGAGAUGCAAUGGAACAUAUACAUUCUCAGGGCAGAGUACUGAGUGAUAGGAGUGUUUUAUAUAAAUAUAUUAAUCCAAAUAUGGUGGCCAUUUUGACUUUAGCACCAGACACAAUGCAUAAAAGUAUGUUCUACUUGACAAAAUAAAUUGUUUUUAAUUUAGUUUUAAUUUAGGUGUUUUAACAUUACAUUUAUUGGAUGCUGUUAGUGGUAUAAUUAUUUACUCAGUUGUUCAUAAACGAGCUUCCCACCCGAUACAUUUGGUUCAUUCUGAAAAUUGGUUAUUAUGUUCUUACUACAAUGACAAAACUAGGCGGACUGAAAUAGCAUCAUACGAGCUAUACAAUGGCAAUCAACAAUCAAAUUCUACAGGUAUUGAAUUACAAUAUUUUAUAGACUUGAGCUUACUCCAGUCAUUAACAUCAAUCAGUUUUGAUCUAAUUGGUGUAUUGCAGUUUAUAAUUUUAUAAUAAAUAUAAAAGGGCAUAAUUACUCAACAUUAGUUUUAAAUAAAAGUAGUUUUUGUUUUAUUGAUUUUCAAAAAAUAUUAAUUUCGGAUAUUUUAAAUUUGCACUGAAUUCUAAGUCUUCUAGUAGUAUUUUCUAUAAAUGAUGUAAUUUUCACAUUAUUUUUUAGUUUUUCUUCUAUUUAAAUUUGAUACAAUUUAAAUAAUUAAGACUUGCAAAUUUUAUAUAAGUACCAUUAGUGGCUAAAAAGUAAGUAAUAAGUACUAAAAAUGUAGUCUGGUAAAAUACAUUUCAAGAGGCCCCACUAACUAAACACGGCUCAUUUUAUGUCUAAAAUUAUGGUUAGUGUAGGUUUUAUUUCUUUAAUAAGUAUUCAUUAAAUUUGACAACUAUUUGGUUGCCAAAGUGAAGCCCUAUGCUUAAUUUUAAAAGAAGUUGAACCAAAACCUGACCUUAACAUAGGAGAUUCAGCACCACUUAGUAUCAUUACUAAGAACAGAUUAUAUAAAAUCGUAAAAUAAGGUACUAUUAAAAAUUAUGGUAAUUGUAAAAAUGCCUAUUGAAAUUGCACAGGCUUAUUUAAAAAAAAAAAUAUUAGUUUUUAAAGUUAAAAUUGUUGAUAAUAUUCACCAUAAUCAUAAAAUUAUUUUGUAAUUUAAAUGUAGAAAAUACGCUUAAUCACAAUCAUUUUUUAUUUGUCAUAAUUUAUUAUUGCAUUCAGCAUUUAAAAUACCCUAUAUAUGACCACUCCUAUAGCAAAGUAUGUUUACUGAGUUUUUCAAAUUAAAAUAAUCAUUUAUAUAAUUAACUGUUUGAUGUAUAUUAUAGAAUUUUCUUCUGUGGGAGGUAGCUUAAUUCCUCCAAUUGUUGAAAAACAAGCAUAUAUACUUCCCGGAUUUUUACAAGCCAUGAAACCAACAAUCACGGAGAAAGGAAUUACAAGCAAACAUAUAUUAAGUGAGUUUUUUACAUUUAUACCAACAUAACUAACUAAUGAACAACAAUGUGGUUUUUUGUUAUUUUAAGUGGCUACUACAACUGGCCAUUUAUUAGAAAUGCCUUGGUCAUUCUUAGAUCCUCGUAGGCCAUUAGGGGAACCUAAAGAAGAAGGUGCUAUACCCUAUAUUCCUGAACUUCCUAUGUCAUCUGAAUCUAUGAUCAAUUAUAACAAAAGUCUUAUGCGAGUUGAUGGCAUAUAUACUACACCGAGUAGUCUUGAGUCUACAUGUUUAGUUUUUGUUUAUGGUCUAGGUAAUUGUAUUAUUAUCAUAAGUAGUUAUUUUUCAUAAAUUAUAUAUUUAUUUUUUUUUUAUUUGAUUUAGAUUUAUUUUAUACAAGAGUUGCACCAUCAAAAACGUUUGAUGUUUUGAAAGAAGAUUUUGAUUACUUAGUAAUAAUUAUUGUUACAACUGUUCUUUUAAUAAGUGCUUAUGUAACAAAAAAUCUUGCCUCGCAAAAAGCAUUAAAACAAGCGUGGAAAUAAAUCAAUAUAUAACAUAUAAUCACUUAGUUGUCACGCAUUUUGAUUAUUGGUAAGAUUUUAUAUUCAUUUUUGUAGAAUUUAAGGGGUUUUGUUUUUAUUUAUUUAAUCUUUUUUCCGUGAGAAAUUUAAGCUAUUGUAUAAUAUUAUUUUUAGUAAUAAUAAAUUAAAUUGUG